AUGCCCGAGAAAACCGAUAAAGCGACCAACGAGUCCGAGGCACCAAUGGUCUCUCACGGCCGAGGAGGCCAAGGAAAUAUCGGUCACGCCACCACCGAAUACGUCGAUGGCGAGAUCGUCCGCGAAGGCCCCUACGGCGACCAAGGUGAUGGCGCUUACUCCGCUGGCGUGAGUACAAUCUCUCACCCCACCAACCCCAAGCCUCCAACUCCCACUGAUGCACGAGACUCCACCCAGCGAGGCGGCGCAGGAAAUAUCGGCUCCCCAAUGGUCCGUCCGUCGUCCAGGGCCCCCCACGACGUCGAGAUGAUCCCUGAGCUUGCGGUCCGCGACUCUACAGACGAGACAUACCACACCGGGCGUGGUGGACAGGGAAAUGUUCAUCUCGAUGAGGCUACGCUCAAGGAGAAGGAGAAGAAGAAGGUUGCGCAUGAGGGGUUGGCUGAUAAGUUGAAGUAUAAGUUGCUGGGGCGGAAGUAG